GUGAGAAGAAAGUUACCAGAGAAGCGUUAAAGGAAAUACGUAGAGAACUUAGAGAAAAAAGUGAAGGCGACAAGCUAGAGGAAUUUGGAGAGGAAGCUGCAAAAGCAGUAUUAGAAUCUUAUAUAGUCCCUAAAAAAUAG